AUGUCACAACGUCCCGAUGAGGACGGGGGUCUGUACCAGGCUGCCCCACCAGGGCCAAGCAAUUUAUUGGACAACACUUUACAAUCUGAGACCACAGACUCCUCACAAGAGAAGGUGACGUCUGUAGUAGAUGAGGCUUCACCAUCCUCUACUUCUUCCUUUGAGAUGCUCGACGCACCUGCUCCCUACCAGGAGGUUCAACCUCACUGGUUUUUCUGUAGACGAGCAGAUGACAGUACUACAUGGGAACCUUUUAGCAUAGUAGACGCUGUAAAAUUAGAGUCUGCUCACUGCACAGGAAAUAGUCCGGAAGAAAUGGUGGCAGUGAAUGGAGAGAGGUAUGAUGUGAAAAUUAGUGAGAGAAAGCGUUAUGCUGUUUACUGGGAACAAGCUCCCACUGAGGUCCGCCGCUGUACUUGGUUCUAUAAAGGAGAUAAAGACACAAAAUUCAUGCCCUACUCCGAAGACUUUAGUCAUAAUCUAGAGGAUGCUUAUAAGGAAGCAAUAACCGAAGAUAAGUGGAAGACAAAGUUGGAGUUUCCCACAGGAGAAACUGUAAUUUUACACAACCCAAAACUCAUAAUGCAAUAUCAACCAAUAUUUGCCCAAGAGGAGUGGGUGUCCUCUCCAUCAGAACAAACUCGACCCAGAACAGUCAGGAGAGGCGUAGACAGCAUUUCUGUUGAAAUUCCUGAUGGUGAACCAGACUAUGUUGACCAUUUGGUAUUCAUGGUGCAUGGCAUUGGCCCUGCGUGUGAUCUUCGCUUCAGAUCUAUCAUACAGUGUGUAAACGAUUUCAGGAGUGCCUCUCUAUCCCUCCUGGCCUCGCAUUACAAGCGCGCUCAGCAGGAGGACAAAAUAGGGAGAGUGGAGUUCUUGCCUGUGAACUGGCACAGUGCUCUACAUGGUGAUGCAACAGGGGUGGAUGAGGACAUCCAGCGAAUAACUUUGCCCAGUAUUAGUAGGUUGAGACACUUCACCAAUGAUACUUUACUGGAUUUGUUUUUCUAUAACAGUCCUACAUACUGCCAGACUAUAGUAGACACUGUGGCCUCAGAAAUCAACAGAUUACAUGCACUGUUUAAGCAACGACAUCCAGAGUUUAAAGGGACUGUUUCUAUAGUGGGCCACAGCCUAGGCUCUCUGAUACUAUUUGACAUGCUAACAAACCAGAGGAUUGGAUCAGAAAUGAACAAAGAGAAAGGGGAGGAAUGCAACUUACAAGCACACCAUGACUCUUUGGAGCGCUUUCUGACCCAACUGGACCUACAACAGUAUUUUACUCUUCUACAAGCACAAGACUUAGAUGUUGAAUCAUUGGCUCUUUGCCGUGACAAUGAUCUUAAAGAUUUAGGAAUUCCUCUUGGUCCUCGUAAAAAGAUCUUAAAUGCAGCCAGAAGAAAAGUAUACCCAAUGGAUCCCAGGCAAAGUUCAGUGUUUCUGGCACCAGAUUUGCAUACUUCCUGUCAAGAUUCCUCUCCCAGUGAUCACAAUGAUAAUCAGUCUUCAGGAUCGUUGCACAGAGCCCAGUCUGUAACCAGUGCUGUUGACUAUGAACACUUUGACGUAGGCAUUGGACAGGUCUCCAUUGACUACCCACAGUUGGCAUUCCACCCACAGACUUUCUUUGCAUUUGGUUCUCCCAUUGGAAUGUUCCUGACAGUCCGAGGGCUUAAACGCAUUGACCCCAACUACACCUUUCCGACCUGCAAGAGUUUUUACAACAUCUAUCACCCUUAUGAUCCUGUGGCUUAUCGGAUUGAGCCCAUGAUUGUGUCUGAUGUCAAUGUAGAGCCAAUGUUAAUUCCUCAUCAUAAAGGCCGCAAGAGGAUGCAUCUGGAAUUGAAGGACAGUCUCACUCGUAUGGGCAUGGACCUAAAAAACAAUGUCUUGGGAUCCUUACGAACAGCGUGGCAGUCCUUUUCUCGAAUCCCUGUUGCAGCUUUGCCACCGGUUGAAGCGGGAGACGCUUCAAUUGAGGGAAACAUACAAGAUCCACAAGGUGAAUGUGUUGAAGCAGAGUUCCCAGUUUCCCCGGAGCAGUCGGAGCAGCCUCAGAUCAAAAUGGGAAUGUUGAAUGGAGGGCGUAGAAUAGACUAUGUUCUUCAAGAGAAACCCAUUGAGAGCUUCAAUGAAUACCUCUUUGCUAUACAGUCUCACUUGUGUUACUGGGAGUCUGAGGACACUGCUCUCCUGGUUCUGAAGGAAAUAUAUGACAAACUUGAUGUUGCUAUUGAACAGCCUCAGCAGUAUUGA